AUGCAUCAACCCACUCGAAACGAUAUCCAAGGAAGAAAUUUUCUGUUUGAACGAUCAGAUUUGAAUCGACGAACUCCCACGAUACUAUUUGAAAAAUGGGAAUUCGAGCAAGUAAAUCGUUCCAAUUCGUCAACAAAUUUUUUGUCACAGUUCAAUUUAUCUCAUAAACAAUCGAUUGAAAAUAUGUCUGACUCGUUUUAUACCCCACCGAUGGAAAAGAAAAGUAUACCAACGCCGAAAGCGCCAGUGAAGUACAAAAAACAACCUAAGAAGGGAGAUUUAAAGCCAAAAAAGUUGUAUUACACCGAUGAUGAAUUAGAUGCUUCAAAUACUAUAGAUAGCGGAAUUCAUAUUCCAUUUGACGAAUCAAAUAAUACUUUGUUUCACAAACACACGACUAAAUGCAAUAGAUUCGAUUCUUCACAAAAGCAAAUACGUAGAUUACGCGCCAAAUUAGACAGGAUUAAAGUACAAACGAACGAUAAAGAAAACGAUAGAAAUGUUUUAGGAAACAGAUCCGUGAACGUAGUGAACAACAGAAACAAUGUAGCACAAGAAUCUUCUGUAGUAUUCAAUCCAAAUGCAGAAGAAUUAUUUCAAUAUGAUUUUAAUUGGAAACAAAAAUUAUAUUGGCUACAACCUAAGAGGGAUAUUGGUUUAUGGAUUGAAUGCUGCAGAAAAAAUUGUAAAAAAUGGAGAUAUGUUGAAGAAUAUCAUGAUCCAUUAAGUGUACCCAAAAUAUGGUAUUGUGAAAUGAAUUAUGAUAAAUCAAUGGCAUCUUGUAACAUACCAGAACAUCCUAACUCAUUUGCCAUAAAAUCUAAUUUAAUUGAAAAUGCUUAUAAUGCAGGUAGUAUUGUUUGGGCACAUAUGAAAGAUUUUCCAUGGUGGCCUGGAAUAAUAAAUGAUUGCUGUCUGUUCCUUUCAAUGACCCCUGGACCAUUCUCUGAUUCUUCAGAGUUAAAUACUUCCCUCGGUUGGUUCCAGAAUGGAGAAAAAGAAAAUGAUAACCCCAGAUACUGUGGUGAGCAUAUACAUGCUUGUUAUCAUUCUCGUAAUAGUCAGACGAUCGUGUUGCUAACCGAGGUAAAGCCUCCUCUGACUAAAUGUGACUUUAACGAGCAGCAACGAGGAACGGGGAACGACCUGCGCGCGGAUUCGGGCGCGGUCAAUGCCGUCUAG